AUGGCACUUUGCGUGUGCCGAAUGAUAAAAAAAUACACUUUGCCUGUCAGAAAAUAUAAUAAUAGUCAAGUAAAUAGAAAUAAAGGUCUAUUUACUGUUUUAUAAACUUGAAUUUGAAUUGAAUACAAAGGCGCAAUAAUGUCGCGCCGCAGCAACUUUAUCGAGGGCAACGACAACUUUCGCGAACAGAAUUUGCGCUUUGUAAGGAACGAGUUUGAAGAAAAUAUAAAUCAAUUCUUUGGCUCGGACACGGCCGGCACAGUUCCAACUGGCAAUGGAGGAGCACCGCCGCGCGAUUCUAUUAUUGUACAACCGACGCCCGGAUUCUGCGUGAAAAGCUUUAAGGUCAACAGCAAUGAGAAGUUCUUCAUAAACGUUUGCCAGGCACCGGAAGUGCCAGGACCCAAAGAUAUAACCGAUGCGGAGCUAAUUUCCAUAUUGGAGUCAUGCGAACCGGGCUCGUUCCGCGUGCCCAUGAGCAUCUCGGAGAUGCGCAGCGCCAAGGAUCGCUCCAAUAAUACGGUGGAAGUGUGCGACAUCGCGAUCAAUCCGAAGUUUUUGUUGAAAAUCAAAAAGUCGCAACUGUUCAACAAUUUCUUUCUACAAAUCGUCGCCGAGGCGCUGAGCGAAAAGUACAACAUACAAAUCAGCAUGGAUAAGACAAUCAUCCUGAGCAAUCGCAAGUUUAUCGGAACCCUGGCGCCGCAUCGUGUCCGCAACGAUGAUGUGCAGCGGGCGGGUGGCCCAAAGCAGCCCAACAACGAGUCCCAGGUGCUGGGCGAGCCAUCCGCAUCGAAACCGGGCGCAUUGGUGCAGGAAAUCGACGAGGAGCAUGCGGCCAGUAUCCGGACUAACUGGGCCAAGAACCGUGAGCCCAUCUACAAGCUACGCGCCCGCGUUCGCGAUGAGAUCGUCGAUGAAAUCCACGCCGAACUCUAUUUGCCCAAUUGCGUCUCGUCGCAGGAGUUCAGCUUGGACAUUGGCGAGGAUCGCAUAUUGAUCGAGUCCCCGAAACACGGCUAUGUCUUUGAUAAAUUCGUCAACUAUCGCCUGAACCAGGAACGCGCCCAGGCGCUCUUCGAUAAAACCAGCAAGAUGCUUCAAGUUCGCAUUCCGGUUCUGAGCAUGUGAAUGCAUCUCAAUCAUGGACAUAAAACACGCUUAAUUUCAAAUUCUUAAAUAUUAAAUCUAAAAUAAUAAAGAGCAUUGAUAAUCAAAUGCUGAAUAGAACAUA